AGGGUGAGCCCGGGGACGGACGAGCCCAGCCGUGGUGGGGAUCAGAGCAUCAGAGGCGAGGGCGGCGAGGCCCUGCCCGCGGGCGGUGGCCCCGCUGGCCCCCGCAGCAUUCAGAGCCCGCCCGGUGCCCGCCGAGGAGCAGCAGCAGCGCCCGGGCGGCCGGAGCUCCGCCCGGAGGAGCAGGGAAAGGCGGUGAGGGCUCUGAGAGCAUCCAUGCACGCCCAGCAUCCCAGGGAGCACCGAGACAGCCCGCCAGCGCACACAGCGGCACCGCCGUGCAGCGGGGCAGGGGCACAGCUGUGUGCAGCUGUGCUCAAAGUCGCUUCCAUCCUAAGGUACGAAAGGAAACAAAGCGCAUGAAAGGAAGGAAGCGGCGUCAGCGCUCAGCAGCCACGACACCGCUGGGGAGAGGGACCUGCGACUUCCCCGGUGCUGCGCAGGAGGUCCGUGGGUUUAAGCCCUAUCCCUGAUGUUUUGGGACCCUCCUCUGACAUGGCUGCCCUUUGCCAGUUGAUCCUUGGAUAAGAUCCUAGUUGUCAGCAUGAAAGGAAAAACUGAACACUGUGGCUGGAAAUCUGCCCCCCAGGAGAAGCCCAGUCCCUGCGAUGGAUAUAAACACGCCUGUGUCCUUUGCAGAGGGUUUGUUUAUCUCCAUGGAGGGUGAAACAUGACCAGCCUGAGGGAUUUUUGGUGAUACAACAUCGUGAAAAAUGAAUGGGAAAUGCUGGAUUGCUCAGGAGAUGGUCCAGAAGAAUUGGAAGAACAUUCAGUGGUGGCUUAUAAGGGCAACCUGUAUAUUUUUGGUGGGAUGGUGGAUUCUGCUUUCAUACAAGCAAAAACUCCUCUCUGGACAUAUGACGUUGAUUCCACAAGAUGGACAGAGUGCCGUAACGUACCAGCAGAGAAGGAGAGCUUGGCACCAGCUAACAGAAGAGGUCACAGUGCAGUAGUGUACCAUUCCAGCAUGUACAUCUUCGGGGGAUACUUUGGCAUCAAAGGCAUUUCACAGGAAUUUUGGACUUUCCAUUUUAAUACAGGAAAGUGGUUGUGUGUUUCCAGCCCAUCUCAGAACACCGGUCCAGGACCUCGGCACGGCCAUUCCGCAGUGGUUUAUCCUACUGGAAUGUACCUCUUCAGAGGACUGAUGGAGCUGAGUGAGCGGAAGGACUUGUGGAAGUGGGACUUUGUAAGCAGCAGCUGGUCCAACAUCAGAACAAGCCAAGGACCUCCUCCAGUGGUAGGUCAUGCUUCAAUAGUCUGCAAAGACUCGAUGCUGAUUUCAAAUUCCAAUCCCAACGAUGACCUCUGGAAGUAUCAUUUCCAUACGCAGACAUGGAAGAAGCUUAGUAGUGUAUCACUGCAUCUUAGGAAUUGGUGCUGAUUUCCAAACUACCUCAGAUUUCACUAAUACAUCCCCCAGCCACUAGAAGAAUGAUCAGAAGGACCAGGGCCAGGCGGUGUCCAUCCCGAGGCACAUUCGCUUUGGCAACUACUUCCACCAGCAGCCCAUGGAUGGGGUGUUGGGCAGCAAGGAGAGCAACGCCAUUGAAAUGAAAACCUUCAGCUUGCCUCUGGAGCCAGUGGGCUCCCGUGCAUUUCAGAGCACCUCAGAGGCAGAAUUAGACCCAGAGACACAAGCCUUUUGUUAAAGGACAAGUCUCUUCCUCUGUUUUCCUCUUCAGAGAGAGAAGCUUUGGCUGCCCCUCAGGUUGUGGGCGAAGAGGAGGGAGGUGACUCUGCGACUGCAGGGGAUGAACUCGGCAGCCACACCAGCACCCUGCUGCUCACUGGGGGCAAACCUUUGUCCAGCUUCGCCGAGAUCUCCUUCAGGCAAAUGGAGUUCGAUAGCUUGUGAUCGCUUUGAUUACAAAGUGAAAGAAUAAAUUUCCACCACCGCAGCAGUAGGUGGAAAACCAACUGCUUGCAACUGUCUUCAGCUUCCUAUCAGCAUGCUUGGGAAAAAAAUAAUUAAACCUUCUCAUACUUGCUGUGAACAGAUUUUUUACAAUGUUAACGAAACCCAACGUAUAUUUAAGUCACAACUUGCAUGUAAGUUGUGAUUUCUGAGAAGAGCUUGUUGGAAUGCUGCUCUUUUUGUUACUUUUGUUCUGGUCAGUUCAUAUCCUUUCAAAUUGCAGUGGCUGAUGCUGCCUCAAAAAUCCGAAAUACAAGUAACCCCUACUGGCUCCACAGCUGCCAUUUCAGGGCCAAAGCUUGCUCAUGUUGCACUGGCACUAGAGGGAAAUCCGGUCACAUUUGAAGGAUUAGAUUAAUCUUAAUGGUAACAUUCUCUUAAAUUUUUAAGGUUUUGUUUUCUUGAGUGUUCUUUGUACAAUAUAUUUGCAACAUGAGGUGAUAGCCUUACAACAACACAGAAACCAAGUAAACAAAUUAGCAAGUGAAAUCUAGAAGAUAUUCAAGGAUUGUAUAUAAACCAUGAGUGCUCCCCAAAAAUCACCUGCAGCCUUAGACCAGAGGAAGUGCAUUAUAUCUAGAAGAACAAAGGAAUUGCCAAGUGAGUGUUGGCUUUAAUGACUGAGCACAGGAUCAAAAGGGUUUGACUUCCCAUGGUGGGGUAGGGGCGACAGAAAGAGAAGGGUUUGACAGAAGGGGUACAAAACAUGGGCUGUUCUGACUGGUAAUUCCUGUUUUAGCCACAAAGGGAUUUCUGCUUUUCCAACUCCCAUCUCUGUUUUGUCACCUCAGAUAGCAGUCAUUACACAUUUCCCCUCCCAGUAAAUCUUGAGUUCAUGUAUGACUUUCCUUUGCUGAAAAGAAAAAUCAUGUAGCCCAGUGUUCCAAGCAUUUAUUUCCAUAGAAGUUACUACGAUACUGGCCCUCUGACAGAACUUCAGCCAUCUGUAAGAAAUGCUGCUGUCUGAAACGACUAGAAACUAUAGGUUAAUACUUCUGAACAUUUGAAAAAGAUUGCUUUUCAAAAGUUUCAUAGGAAUAAAGGAUUUCAAGAGAGAAUGUUUACUUUUUAUCAUCUCCUCACAAGUAGCUGUCACAUGAAUUCAAUGGGCAAAUUAUAGAUGAAUUCGCAAAAAGCUACAAGAGUUAUUUGGACCAUCCGUGACCCUUGUUUGGAAACAGAAAGGAUUGUACUUUUCCACUUAGAUAAAGCCUGCUUUGUUUCCUA